AUGGGUGACUGGAACUUUCUGGGGAGACUAUUAGAGAAUGCGCAAGAGCACUCCACGGUUAUUGGCAAAGUUUGGCUGACGGUACUAUUUAUCUUCAGGAUCUUGGUGCUGGGGGCCGCUGCUGAGGAAGUCUGGGGAGAUGAGCAGUCGGACUUUACAUGCAACACACAGCAACCUGGCUGUGAGAACGUCUGUUACGAUGAAGCCUUUCCCAUCUCCCACAUACGCUUCUGGGUGCUGCAGAUCAUCUUUGUCUCCACCCCAACCCUCAUCUAUCUGGGCCAUGUGCUCCACAUUGUGCGCAUGGAGGAGAAAAAAAAAGAGAAAGAGGAAGAGAUGAGGAAAGCAGCGAGUAGCAAGGAGGACUGUCACCCAGGGGGAUCAGAAGCAAAAUCUGGUGGGGGCGACCACAGUAGCACUAGCAAGACUCCGUCUCCAUGGAGAGAAGAGAAACUACCGCUCUGCGAUGAGCAUGGCAGGAUUCGCAUGGCAGGCGCUCUGCUACGCACCUAUGUUUUCAACAUCAUUUUUAAAACUCUGUUUGAGGUAGCCUUCGUUGUGGGUCAGUAUUUCCUUUAUGGCUUUGAGCUGAAGCCGCUGUACCGCUGCAGCCGCUGGCCCUGCCCAAACACCGUGGACUGCUUCAUUUCACGGCCCACAGAAAAGACUGUCUUCAUCAUCUUCAUGCUGGCAGUAGCUUGUCUGUCUCUGCUGCUCAACAUGCUUGAGAUAUAUCACUUGGGGUGGAAGAAACUUAGGCAGGGCGUGUCCAACAGACUCCACCAUGACCCACCCAUGACCACCACAAUUGCAUCAGUCUCGGAAGUGGAAGACUCCAAACCCAUCUCCCUGUCAGCUUUGCCAUCAACAGCACCGCCACCACCUGUUCUCUCAAUCACUGUCCCUGAGACUCAUGCCAUCACUCCACUGGUUUUUCAGGAAAGGGAGGUGCCACGUUAUGCUGAGGCUGUCUCUGGGUCCCGCCCAGCCUCAGCCUCCACCUCCCUGGCUAGCUACCCAGGGGGGCCACCAAUCAGUGAGGAGAGGCAUAUAGCCACCAGGAACACUUCAGUCUCUACUCCUAUAGCAACUACAUCUUCCAUCCCUUCACCCUCAUCAGUCGUUAACUAUUUCAACAGUGGCAGCCAUGAGCUGGCUGAUGAGCAGAACUGGGCCAAUAUGGCCGUCGAGCAGCAGAGGAAACUGCCGGUAUCCAGUUCAUCUUCCUCCACCACCCAGAGUAGCCGCCAGCGUUCACCUCUUGAGCAAGAGGAGCCCAGCGAGCAUCCCCCACUCCCACUCCCUUUGUCACUUGCAGCUACCACCAAUAGCAGUAGUAUCAGCACCAGUCUGAGUAGGGGAAGCAGCAGCAAGUGGGAUGGAGAUGGUGAAGAGGAGGAACGACCUGUGUCAGCUACCUGCACCUUGGUGGAGAUGCAUGACCCGCCGCUGCUCAUAGACACACGCCGCUUGAGCAGGGCUAGCAAGUCAAGCAGCAGUAGAGCCAGGUCUGAUGACUUGACCGUGUAG